UUUGUGCAGCGCAGGAGGAGAUGAAGAGAGGCUGUCGAGGAGGAGACAGAGGAGACCCAGAGACAACACGUCCCACGCCACAGCCAGACAGCCGGGGAACUUUGAAUUGACGCCAAGUCGCCCUGCGAUGAGAAGGAGCAUGAGGCGCAGCGGCCACCUUUGUUCCGCGUCUUCUCCUUCUCGGGAGGUUUAGAUGCGUCGGGCGUGCGCAACAUAUGAUGCCCUUGGACUCAUUCGCUGAAGAAAAAGAAGAAGAAGAGGAGGAAGAAGAAGAGGAGACGUUUUGCUGUCAUUUUUCUCGUCUUGAAUUCGCUGAUGGUGCCCGCGCUGAGGUCAGCUGAAUGAGUGUGAAGGCACUCUGAGCGCAUUGUUUCCAGCUCCGUUUCAUGUGGGAUUUCCAGCCGUCAUGUCUGCGCUAUUUGGCUCUUUGUUUCUGGUUCUAUCCAGUCUGCUGUCAGCGGAUGCUCAGACAGAGAUGAAGAAGGUUGUUGGGGACAAUGCCACGUUACCUUGCCACCACCAGUUCCCAUCGUCCAGUUCGCUUGACAUUGAGUGGUUGUUGCAGAAACCAAAUUCCAAACAGAAAGUGAUUAUUACCUUCUUCGGGGGGGAAGUGUACACAGAGGCCACAGGCAGUGAGGCCAACCGUCUGUCUUUUGCUGGGGAGUAUCUGGGUGGAGACGCCUCCCUGCUGAUCAGUGACCUGCUGUUGACCGACUCUGGGGAGUACUACUGUAAAGUCAAGACCGGUGGGAAGUACCACUGGAGCCAGGUCAACCUCAUUGUGCUUGUGAAGCCCUCCAAGCCGAGAUGCUGGAUGGAUGGCAAACUCCUGGAAGGAAGUGAUGUCAAGCUGGGCUGUGAAUCCAGUGACGGUUCAGACCCCAUUAGCUACAAGUGGGAGCGAGUGCUGGACAAAGGCAAAAGUCUGGGCAAGUUGCCAAACCUGGCACUGAUAGAUCUCAAAAAUCCAGAGAUAGUUACCCUGAGGAAUCUCACCAUGGACAGCACUGGCGUCUACAGGUGCACAGCCAGCAAUGACGUUGGGGAGGAAAACUGCACCAUCGAGGUCACAAUGCAGCAUGUGAAGGAUGUAGGGAUGGUAGCAGGUGCAGUGGUGGGGAUAUCCCUCGCUGUCCUUAUUGUCAUAAUAAUCAUCUGGCUCGUUUUCCGGAAGAAAGAAAAGAAGAAGUACGAGGAGGAGGAGACCCCCAAUGAGAUCAGGGAGGACGCCGAAGCCCCCAAGGCCAAGCUUGUAAAGCCGAACUCCCUGUCUUCAUCUCGAUCUGGUAGCUCACGUUCCGGUGCUUCCUCCACCCAGUCUAUGGUGCACAACAGUGCCCAGCGUGGUCACCGUCCUCGUCCACCCGCUGUUGCAGCUCUCAAGGAAAACGGGCAACCUCCAGGUUUCCCUCAGUCCCCUCCAGCCUACACUACAGUGGUGCCCCCCAAGACCCCUGAACCCCCUGCCACUCCCAAAUACAACUCCAGGAACAUGUCAGGGCCCACACCUCCAACCCUUAUGGUCCCUGCCCAGACCAAGGCAUUUCAGACUGUGUAGGACUGAAAGCCAAUUCUUUCCUACAGCCAUGGAAGAUUCCCAUCCCUACCCAAGGCCCAAAGCCCAUCCAAAGACUGAGACUCUUCCAUAACAAAGAAAUGCAACUAGUUAAAGUGAUGUAAUUUAACAAAUCAAAUACUUCAAGUCCAAAAGUACUUUUAAUGAAUGCAUACUUAAAAAAGGGGGAAAAAAACAUGCUUGUCCCUUACUGAUUUACAUAACACAACUCCACAAAAGAAUAGCAGAGACGCGAGAUGUAGCAGUGUCUGUGUCUCGUGGCAGAAAGCAGAACUUGUGUUCUGAGUUCUUUGGUUUGGCCAUGCGAGGCGCAGAGAAAGCACCGUGUGCAUUGAGGUGGAAGAUGCCCCCUAGUAGAGCUUUUAUUUAUUCAUCAAUUCAAAGCGGUAGGCAUGCAGUAGAGAGGAGUGAGACAAGAAGAGCAGUUGGGAAAAGGUAAUAAAGUAAAACCUGUAGUCAGUAGUCACACCUCUGUUCACCAUCGGUUCUCUAGAUGUAUGCAAGCAUGGUAGACAUGAAGGAGAUGAAAUUGACUGUGACUGCAACAUCCUUUUUUGUUUUUCUCUUAAUGAGACAACAGGCAGCAUGGGGUGGUUUUCUGAUCGUCCCUCUGCACCUCUGUUCGGCUGCUUGCAGCACUUGCUCCGAAACCACAAACCGCUUUCCCUCCCCGUGGGCUGGGUUGAUUGUGCCCAUCCAUGUGGACAGACAUAGUGUGUGGCAUGUGCAUCAUCUGCCUCAGCGCUCUGGGUCACUUGUGCUUUCAUACGGAACCCAGGAGAAACCCCAGGUUCUGUGAAUGACUCACCCAGAGCUCAGCUGCUCUACCAAACAGCAGGGGAAACUUCAGGUACGAGGAUGUAGCACUGACAGGGCUGUCAAAUGACUGAAACUGUUACCCUCCCACAUUCUGUCUACACCUACUGUCACCCUUGUCUGCUAUUAGUUAUCCUCCCUGAAUAUAAUACUAGUAUUUAUUAGGCCUAUAGCGAUAUAUGGAUUAGCAUCUAAUGGACCAGCUUGACUUUCUUUUCUUUUGCAAUCCUAAAUCUCUUCACCCUGUGCAGGGCAUAAAGGGUGACAAGCAGCCAUGUAUUCAAUCGUCCAUAUUAAGAAGUGCCACCAAUCCCAAAGUUGGGUUAUUGUUACUUUUUUAAUGCUUUUGUUUACCCACUACACUUCUGAACUGAAGCCAAAAUCUGUCACCAGGAAUGUGAGUUGUAAAAAAGUGGUGAAACCUUUUCUCUUUAGCCUCCUUUAAGGUAAAAAAAUUAAGCUAAGGUGCAAAGAAAUAACCUCUGCUUUACAACAUUAUGUCUAAAUGGAAUGGGCGUAGGAUGGCGGCUGAUAACAUUUUCUUCUUAAGGGUGUUUUGCAAUGUCAUUGUUGAAACUCUCCUUGUAUCCACAGCAGUGGUGUUGCACACAAUUGCCGUUCCAUGGAGUCACUUAUCCGGUCAAUAGUUGAGCUGUAUCGUCAGCCCGUUCCCUUUUAUCACACCUUUAAGCAGAUCCAAGCAGUUUGAUUGAAAGUAGCAGAGAAAAAGGCAAGUAGCCUUUCUAGUGUGCCUUUGCGAUUCCUCUUCCCUGUGAUGGUUUCUUUCUUUGUCCUUAUCUACAGCACACCAGUGGUUGUGUCAGAUGCAGUCAUGAGGGCCAGCAUCAAGGAUUACCAAUGCAACAUCACUACCUUGCCCUGGUAGAACAGAUUUAGCUAAAGAAGGACAAGAAAGAGUGAAUACUAAGUAAGAAAUCCCAUGGGACAAUGUACUGUACAUUCUGUAACCAAUCCUGUUUUAUAUUGUACAUACAGGUAGAUAUGCACAUGAUGUCAUUUAUUUCAACAGUAAGGGUAUCUGGGGGGGAUUUCCUCCUUCCAAAGGAGUCAUAUGAGAAACCCAAGGUGAAUUUAAACCCUGUGUGUUUUUUUUAAACACUUGUUCUGUUUGACAUGACAAUCCUCAUGUCAAAUGUGAAAUUUAUGAUUUUAUCUUGACUUGUGGUAAAAAUGUAGCAAGAAGAAAAAAAAUCAAAAUUUCUGAUCCUAGUCAAGAUAAAAUUAAUAUUUCUGUGUUCGGAUUCCUCUUGCUUGAAUCUGGUUGACUAACCUGUAUUCCCUCACAGACCUCUUUCAUUUAAUAACCCAUGGAGUUUUCAGGCAACACUGCUGUGCGUCAGGUUUUUUUCACGAAGAACAUUUUGGUCAGCAUUGAACAGCCUUCUAAUCUGAAAUCAGGUUAACGGGGUUCUCUGCAACAAAACAUUUUUUUUUACUCAAUACAGACGGGUAAGAAUUGAAAGAAAAGCUGGAUGCGCCUAGUGUGGGGGGCACGGUUCUUCUGAUUUGUCAACUUGAUUAAUCAAGAAUGUUUUUAUAUAAUUUCAUUUUAUCUUUCAAUGAAAUAUACUAUAAAUAGCCUCUGAAGAGGUGAGUAAAGUAUUCUGACCCUACUCAAACACUCUUCCUGUUGUUGUUUCCUCCUGCUCCUAUAGCAUCUGUAUGUAUCUUUUAGCCCAAUCAUUUACUGUUGCAGCCCAACAGCAAAGUAAGUUAUGAGCAUGUUCAGCACUUUAUUUAGCUCUUCCCUUUGGGGAUCAAGCAGGCGUUUGCUCACAGAAGCCCUAAUAAAGCUGCAGUGCCUGUCUGAAAAACACAUGUGGUUUGACUUCACACAUGGGAUUUCACGUGACUUAAAAGUAUGAGAAAGUUAUAUUUACAACAACAAAAAAAAGCCUUUUAUUAUUAACUCAAGACAGCAGUUCAUAUUUGACAAGGAAGGCUACUUUGUGUGUCGGGGUCAGGGGGUGCUUGUGUGUGCGUGCUUGCAUGCAUACAUGCUUGUGAUUGUGCAUGUGUGGGUGUUUGCAUGUAAAUUCAGUAUAAGCCCUCAGGCCACACCCACACAUUCUGAAGUUAGCCAUUCAUUGAGCAAGAAAGAUCCAGUCAAGCAAAGUAACCUCAAUCUAAAUUUAUAUGACUGCACACUGGCAGUGUUCAUUUUACCCUUUGCUAACUUUUAUAUGCCUGAUGGACUUAGCUUCACAGGGAGCAGUCAUCUUCUUGCUUGUGGGGGCGGUGUCCUGAGACAGAGAACGUUCAUAAUUCAUAACUAUUGUCAUAUCUGGAGGCCACUUGUACGCUUCUUCCCUGCUAUUGCUGUCUAUGGUUCUCUGUGUACAAGUGGCUUUUUUAGGCACACAAAAGAAUUAGGUAUAAAGUUGCGUUUAUUACAGAAUAACAAUUUUGUUGUGCGCAUAACUGAAAGUCCUACUCCAAUCAUCUUUUAAUCUAUUGUAAAAGUGUUCCCGGUGAUCUUUUAAUCAUGAUUAUGCCGUUUUUUUGCCCAGACUGAAGGACAGUUCCUACAAAGCAGCAGCAGUUCGUUUGAAAUUUGCCUCCAAGUUGUGGGCGGGACUGUUCGAUUAGAGUAACUAUGCCACAUUCCCGUCAGCCAUCUGUGUACUAUGUCUCCUGCUAGCUUACAGCCCCUCAAGACCCCAACCUAACAUUACCAGUGUAACAAAAAUGGAGAGCAUUAUUGGGGCUGUCCGGCUGUACAGUUUGGAGCCAGAUGUCGAUUCACAAAAAAAACAAAGAUAUACAUGGAAUAUAAUCAAACAAGUGGAGGCAUUAGAAUGGAGCAGAGGAGGGAGCUUGUGGCCUGCUGUUGUAGGUUCUACGUCCCGCUACGAGCCUUUUCCAAUGACGUUAUUUUAACCUGCUCCUGAUUCCCAGCGAUUUGAAUGAAGAAACACUCAGAAAUUCAAUUUUGAGCUUAAAUUUCUUUAUAGAUGUCCUCCAUCAUGAGAAAAUUGUUACAAGAACGUGUUAAAGAUAGGUUUCAUUAAUGGAGUGGAUCUUUACGCAACUGCAGCGACACAUGCAGAAAUCCCAAGAUUUUGGAAGAAAUCUUUUAUUCCUUUUAAUUCAAUUUGAUGAUCUAAUCCAAACAUGGAAUGAUUGGAAUUCACUGAUAGCGAACACAAAGGUGCAAACACAGACAAAUGUCUAUGGAUUUUAACAAUCUGGACAUCUAUCGUCAAAUGAUUUCUUUCUUCAUAAAAAUCUGCAUAAACUGGAUGGAUACUAAGCCAGGGCUGACGGCUCAAGCCAUUGAAAUUCCCUCCACCACAGAUGCAGAAAUAGUCGUGAUUGAGGUUGGCAUUUAAGUCUUCCAGCUGUAAAAUUCCACCAAGCUUUUCAAUUUGUUUUCCUGCAUCUGGGAGUCUCGGGUGGCAAAUUCCUUAGUUUAUGAGUUUUCACCUUUCACCCUGCUUUGUGGAUGUGACCAACUUGUUUUUUUUUCUCCUUUAUUCUUUCAAGAAAUUAAUUUUCAGGCACUUUGGUGUGUUCUGUGAAUAGAGGCGGAAAGAAGGUCUCACUACACCUCUUAGUGUCACAAGCACAUCCAACAUUCUUUAAAACACUCAUCCAUCGGUAAAAUAUACUGUCUUGUUAUCAGCACUCAAAGGUUCCGUAAAAUCAGUGGUGAGCCUUCGGUACAUGAUGUAGCCAAUAUAAUAGAGGUUUUAUUUCUGAUUAAAGAUCUAAGCAGGGCAAAUGUUAUUCAGCCUUGUGAGGAUAAGAGAAUGUGUUGGAAUAUUACUUUAGAUGGAAAUAUGGUUCAUUUAACCUCAAGAAGGUGGAGCAGGCAGAGGACGAGAGCAAAGUACCUGCAUGUCACAGAAGAUUGAGCUGAUGAACGGGAAUGCUUUGCUUUGAUGUAUCAUAACUGUAAUCGGCUAAAGAUAAAAAAUAACACAUAAAGAAAAUAAAAUGUAGAAUUGUAAAUAUAACCAUCAAAAGCUUUUAUUUUUAUUGUUUUGUUAUUUUCAUCUAUGUACUUUGUUCUGUUAAGUGUGCUAUGCCCAUUUCCGGCCUGCGUGGAUUAUGUGCGGCUGGCUGUUCCUCUUGACUGCGUUGUUUCGAUGUUGGGGAGGAGACUGGCUCAGCAUGGCUUUAUUAAAAGGGAAAUGUAAUACACUUUUGUUUACUAUACUCUCGUUUUUUUCUGACCAGGCUUCUCUUUGAUUUUGUAACAGUUAAUUAAAAAAAAAAGGAAAAAAAACUACAACUAUGUUUUUGUUUUGUUCGUUUGAUGAAUACAAUCCAUGUAAAUAUCACAAGCAAAAAAAAAAUGUAUAUUUUUACGACCUCUGAGUUAUUACUCUUUCAUUUGCAAAUAAAAUAUUCUAUAACAACUGAA